AUGGCCGAAAGAACAGGAAAAAAAGGAGAAGAUAAUGAUCAUGAUGAGGAAGAAAUAGAGAAAGAAAUGGUGAUGGAGAAUCAUAGUGAGGUGAUGUUAGAAAACAUUGGUGUGUGUAACAUGGAUGAAGCACCAGCUAGAAGACGUGCUCGUGAGGCUUUUAAGCAUGUUCAACUUGCUAUUGAUCACUGCUUGUUUCGGUUACCUGUAGAUGGGAUAAAGAUGAAAGAGGGCUAUGAAGUGAACUCCAGAGGAUUAGAGAUAUUCUCCAAAAGUUGGUUACCAGAAACAUCUUCUUUGAAAGCAAUAGUUUGUUACUGUCAUGGCUAUGCAGACACUUGCACAUUUUACUUUGAAGGAGUUGCAAGGAAGUUAGCAAGAUCUGGUUAUGGAGUGUUUGCAAUGGAUUACCCUGGAUUUGGUCUCUCAGAUGGCCUUCAUGGCUAUAUUCCUAGCUUUGAAAAUCUAGUGAAUGAUGUCAUUGAGCAUUUCUCCAAAAUUAAGGAACAAAAGGAGUAUCAAAAUUUACCAAGCUUCUUGUUAGGUGAGUCAAUGGGAGGAGCCAUUGCUUUGAAAAUCCACUUGAAACAACCACAUGCAUGGGAUGGUGCUGCUCUUAUUGCACCUUUAUGCAAGUUUGCUGAAGAUAUGAUUCCACAUUGGUUGGUUAAACAAAUACUAAUUGGUGUCGCCAAGGUUCUUCCCAAGACUAAGCUAGUUCCACAAAAGGAAGAGGUGAAAGAAAAUAUAUAUAGAGAUGUGAAGAAAAGAAAAUUGGCACCGUAUAAUGUGUUACUAUACAAGGAUAAACCAAGACUUGGAACUGCAUUGGAGUUGCUUAAGGCCACACAAGAGUUAGAACAGAGAUUGGAAGAAGUGUCAGUGCCAUUAUUGAUCAUGCAUGGAGAAGCUGAUAUAAUAACUGAUCCAUCAGCUAGCAAGGCUUUGUAUGAGAAAGCUAAUGUGAAAGACAAGAAACUGAUCCUCUAUAAGGAUGCUUUUCACACUCUACUUGAAGGUGAACCUGAUGAAACAAUAUUCCAUGUGCUUGCUGACAUUAUAACUUGGCUUGAUGAUCAUAGCACCACAAAAUACAAGUAUUAA